GGGAUUUCAGGUUCUAGCUCACCGUUUCAAAUAAACAGCAGUGAACAGGGAAUGACAAUUUCACCAAAAGAGGAUUAAGCCACAGGCUCUAAUUGGGGCAGGAUUUGAAUGGCCGGAGAAUCUCGCUAGGCAUCUCUAGGAAUCUGCGAGCAGCUGUCAAAACUUCCAUUUCAUGUGUCAGUGAAGUAGGAACCAGAAGAAGCAGGUAUUAGUGAAAAGAGUGGUCCUUGGAGAAGCCCCAGGAUGCAGUCUGAGACAAGACAAAGGAAGAAAAGCUGGAAGCAGAGACUGGUUUUGAAGAACAGCUUAGCAAAAGAAACGCUCUCCGAGCUCUUGGGCACAUUUAUAAUGAUUGUCCUUGGAUGUGGCUCUGUUGCCCAGGCUGUCCUCAGUCGAGGACAUUUUGGAGGAAUCGUCACUAUCAUUAUUGGAUUUCCAAUGGCAGUUGGGAUGGCCAUUUAUGUGACUGGAGGUGUCUCCGGUGGACACGUCAACCCAGCCGUGUCUUUCGCAAUGUGUCUUUUUGGACGGAUGAAGUGGGUCAAAUUCCCUUUUUAUGUGGGCGCCCAGCUCUUAGGAGCCUUUGUAGGGUCCGCAGUCCUCUUUGGCAUUUACUAUGAUGCAUUUAUGUCUUUUGCUGGUGGAAAACUGCUCAUCGUGGGAGAAAAUGCAACAGCUCACAUUUUUGCAACAUACCCAGCUCCAUAUCUGUCUCUGGCAAAUGCAUUCGCAGAACAAGUAGCAUCCACCAUGUUCCUCAUCAUUGGUGUCUUUGCCAUUUUUGACUCGAGAAACUUGGGAGUCCCCAGAGGUCUAGAGCCCAUUGCUGUUGGCCUCCUAAUUGCUGUCCUUGCUUCCUCUCUGGGGAUGAACAGUGGCAACGCCAUGAACCCGGCUCGAGACCUGGGUCCCAGGCUUUUCACUGCUUUGGCAGGAUGGGGGUUUGAGGUCUUCACAGCUGGGAACAACUUCUGGUGGAUUCCCGUGGUGGGCCCUUUUGUUGGAGCUGCCAUUGGAGGCCUCAUCUACGUUGUUUUCAUUGAAAUCCACCAGCCAGACCCUAACACAGACUUGGAGGCAGAACCAGAGGACAAACCAGAGAAACACGAACUUAACGAGGUCAUGUAAUAGCGUGCUUGGUUCUGGGUUUACAGCUGGCUACCUGUAGAGCUUUACGUUUCACAUAGCACAUUAUCUAAUUUAAUUGUCAUAGUGAUUGUCUAGGGUAAAUACAUCUUUCAGAUAAGGAAACAAAAUCCCAGGGAAGUUAACUGAGUUGCCUAAUAUCACAUGGAAAAUUGAACAUCAUCCAAUGCAUCCUGUACCUUUUGGAAGAUCAGUAGCUGGAUGAGAACCUUGGCCAGCCCCUCCUGGCUGGCCAGAAGUGGGACUGGCAGCUGCCAGAACAUGUACGCCUUCUGGGCAUCAUCCAUCCGGAUCCUAAAUUAUCAAGAACUUCCUUAUUUUACCACUGUUGCUGAAACACUAACAAAGGAAAGAGGAAGCCACUGGGUCAUAUUUUUUAUCUGCUGAAGAACAUUAUCAGAAGGCUUCCCUUCCUAGCCCACCCUUAGCCUUGCUAAGUCUUGAUCUUCCUUCCCUAUCAAUCCCAAACAUUUCACAUUCCAGGAAUUUCCUCUUGGUCAGGCUCCUCCCUGCCACUUUAGUCAAAAGAGUCUGUGAUUUACAAGCACCAGAGAAAUUGCUCUACAUCAAGUAGAGGCGCCUUCAGUCAAACUGCUACAAAGCUCACAAUGCCCAGAGGUAUCCAGUUUCUCAACUACUUUGUGAUGAUAACAGAACAACAAAAAGCAAAUGUGACAUGUCCCCUGGGGCCUGUGUUCUCUAAUCUACUGACAAAUGGAAUUAUUUUUUCUUGCUCUGAAACUACUUAGUAUUUCCUAUUUGAAAUAAAUUUGGGGUGGAUUU